UCAAAAUGUAAAUAUUUUGGAUUUUAGAGUUUCUUCUUUAUUUCUUACAUGAUCCCAUAGUCAAGACUGGUAGAGCUUUCCUUCAGACCCAGCCUACCAUCAGCAACAAGCCCUUUCUCAAGCCCUCCAAUAUCCAGCAGCCAGCCCUGUUCCCAGGACUUCUCUCCCUUCUACAGAACAGACAGAUCUCUGUGCCAAGCACCCAAAUGAAAUAAGCUUCAUUUAUUUAUUCACAUACCUGUAGACUCAGUCAGUUCUGUGUGCUUGUUUCCAGGCCUCUUACCAAUACUGGCAUCUUUCUUAGCCUGAGGGUUCCCCUAGUCUCAGGAGAAAUCUGUUUUGCAGAGAAACUUAUCUAAUCAUCAAUUUAGUCCUUUAUUUUUUUUUUCAUUUUUCUAUUAUAAAGUAAAGCCAAGCUCAACAUCCCAAAAUGCAGGGAGGAUCUGAGAUUUUUGUUUGUUCUGAUUUUAAGCAGCCAAAAACCACACCCCACACUCUUCAAGUUCAAUGCAAAAAACAAACAAACAAACAAAAAACAGGGAGGGAAAAAUUGGGAUAAAACUGGGUACAGCAGACUAUCAUUUAAGUUUGUGAAUGAUUUCCUCUUGAGUGUGGUAAGGCUAAAUGCAAAUGAACAAGAAGGCAAUUGUCAGCUGCAUUAUCAUUUGACCAAUAGGAGCCCAGCUCCAUCUUGACUGUGCACCAGACUGCAUUACCAACAGACCAGACCAACGCUCCAUCAGCAUCCGCCGAGAACAGCCUCUUUUGGACCAGUCACAAGCAUGGAUUCACUAAGCAUGGCAACUUUAAACAUCACUCUCUGGAAUGAGACCACUAGUACCACUAGUCCACCUACUACCACAUCAGCCUACCAGUACAUUGGCUUCCAAGUCCAAAAGGUUUACCCUUUUCAUGAUAACUGGAACACAGCCUGUUUUAUCAUUAUGCUAUUAUUUAUAUUUACGGUCGUCUCUCUGAUGCUCCUGGCCUUCAUUUAUGAGGUGCUUGAUUGCUGCUGCUGUGCCAAAGACAAAACUCUAAGCGACUUGGAAAGUGAGCCAAGCCCUCUGCGAACCAUGAUGGACAACAUCAGAAGGCGGGACACUGAAGUGGUUUAGUGCCCAGGGAGGAAUGCCAGAAAGAUCCAAGACAAAACACCGGCACAAAGCUUCUCGCCUUUACUAAGGGAGAAAGACAAAGGGGUCCUGAGGUUCUGAUCCACACCGGGGGGAGAGCAAUAUCCAUCCCAGCCAAGCACGAUGGAGAGUUCAAGGGGUUAUCAGAGUUCUACAAUAUCAAGUUUUCUGUUAUCCUUUUGUAAGAAAAUACUGUAGUACAAGUUAAAUUUUCUGAGUGGGAUUCACUGUAUGUAUCCAUAGUAAAAUCCUUAUAAAUACAGUUUUGAAAAUUCAAAAUGGGUUUUGUCAUGGUAUCCCCCAAAUUCCCAUUUUAUUGACAGUAAAAUUUACCGAGGAUCAGAAAACACAAGAGAUUUUGCCCAAGAUCAGACACAGGCCUUCAGGUUUUCAGUAGUGGAUGCAGGAUCUGAAUCCAUACCACCCAAAGCUAAAGUUCUUGGUGUUUCCAUUCCCUGUAAUUCAGAAUCUCUAUGAUCUACUACUAAGCAAUAUUAAGAACCAGAAAAUACAUGGACACAGUAUAAGUGACAUCCUGAUAUACAUAAUACUAACUUGUAUUCUAAUAUUUCACAGCAUAAUAGAACUAAGUACUGUUCUCUUUUACAUGUUCUUCAUCAAUUAAAGAACGCAUCCAAGUGCUCACCUGCAAUCAAAAUUAAAUAAAUCCCACUAAUAUCAAUCUCACAUUGCCUGUUCUUUCUUAAAAAAAAAAAAAAAUCAACAUUUUUAAAUUUUCUAAAUUAUUAUUUUCAAAACUCCAACACCUUGAGAGAGAACAGACACAAGAAGUGCAACAUUACUGAAUAUCUCUUGAACCAAUUAGUAAUGAAUAGCUAGCCAGAAAAGAGAGGAAAAAAAUGUAUUCCCUUCCCUUUGAUUCAGAAGCAUACUGCAUCAGACUCAGCUGAUGGUUAAUUUUGCCCCAAUGCCUCACCCUCAUUUUUUUGGUUUUACUUUUUAAACUAAUCAAAGUUCUCUGGGUAGAAAAAGAUUUGAAAAUGAAGGCAGUAUUUAAAAAUAUGUAAAAUUUAAAAAUAGUAAUAAAUAAAAUACUGGUCACCAAGAUUUCCCCAAGGACCUCAUCUUAUUCUGCAGAAAUACAAAAUAAGAUCAAAAGUAUGUAUUAAAUACAAUUACAAACAGAAUAAUGCUACCAAGAAAACACAAGAGAGGGAGAAUCUUUUAAUGGAUUAAAAAGCCCCAAACAAGUC